AUGGGUCUCGCCUGGACCAGCAUGGGUGGAGCGGCCCUGUACGUUGAAUGCAUCCUGGAGAACGCGUUGACACACAAAUCGCGACCCGGACUCGAAAUCACCGGUAACCUGCAAAACGUCAUGAAAGAGUCUACACACAUUGCAUACUCGUUUGCCAAGUCUGUUAUGGCUCGGAAAUUCCCCGAGAACCAGUUCUUUGAGAAGGCCAAGGUUCACUUGCACUGCCCCGAAGGAGCUGUCCCUAAGGAUGGUCCCUCUGCUGGUAUCACUAUGGCAAGCGCCUUGCUGUCUUUGGCUCUGAACCACUCUCUUGAGCCCACCGUUGCCAUGACCGGAGAAUUGACCGUCACCGGUAAAGUUCUCCGUAUUGGAGGGUUGAGGGAAAAGACUGUGGCCGCUCGUCGGGCCGGUGCCACAAAGAUCCUCUUCCCAGCAGACAACACAUCCGACUGGCUCGAGCUACCUGAAAACAUCAAGGAGGGUAUCGAAGGCCACCCAGUAAACUGGUACUCGGAGGUGUUUGACAUCCUCUUCCCCGGUCUUGAUCAAGAGGCCGCCCGCACAGUCUGGCAAAAGGCCCUGGCCAAGCCAGAGAAGGAAAGCCGGAACACAGAUGACGAGUAA